AGACAAAGGCGGGCGCGCGCACGUCCUGACGCACGCGGGGCCGGGCGGGCGCGGACGGACGGACGGACGGACUCGGAGCCGCGCGCCGGGCGCUUUGGCAGCAUGUGAGCGACUUCUUGCCAAGAACCCAGGUCAACGCUGAGAGGCAGCAGCAGGGAGGAGACUCCAGAGGAAGGCCAUGCCAGCCGCGUCUGGAAUUACACUCACCGCAGGCAGCAUGAGACGUCCUGUGCCAGCAUAGCUCUCCAGGGGAGGGUCCUGGACGCAGCCAGCCCCGGGAGCCUCGAGAGUGAGCUGGGGCCAGACAUGAACUCUGUACAGUGAACACAGUCUCCGCUUAUGAAGGAGUUCCAAGUGAAAUCAUUAUUAAUUCUCAUAGACUCGCGUUCAGGAACCUUCUGUGACGUGCUAGCGGUCAGCCUCCCUGCACAGGAGUUACCAGGAUUUCUUCUGGCACCAAGUUGAACUCUUCUCGGUACUUCUGGCAAUGACCAGUAUUCAGCACAGAUUGAUCUGCUAGGAGCACUUGAGCAGGAAAAAGAAGCGGGACUCAGGAAGUGCCUGAAGGGGAGCAGCGCGGACGUCCUGCUACGCCAGGCACUUUCCCGAGACUGUACGUGGGGACUUGUGGGGAUUGGCCCUGCCUCUCUCAGAGUCGGUCUCUGCGGUGGGGACCCGGAGACUGGGGCUCCCUCCUGUUGACCCCCAGCCUUUCUCUUCAGACUCUGGAACGCCUUGGCAUGGGGUCUGCUGUUCUGUGGUGCCUGGCUUCUGUGCUGGCGUGGGGGGCGCUCUGAGCACUGCGCUUUGUUCCUGGCGGUGGCCUUGGCCCUCACCCGUCCUGCACCAUGUUCCUGCUGCUGCCUUUCGACAGCCUGAUUGUCAACCUCCUGGGCAUCUCCCUGACCGUGCUCUUCACCCUCCUGCUCGUCUUCAUUAUCGUCCCGGCCAUAUUCGGAGUCUCCUUUGGAAUCCGGAAGCUUUACAUGAAAACGUUAUUGAAAAUCUUUGCGUGGGCUACCUUGAGGAUGGAGAGAGGCGCCAAGGAGAAGAACCACCCACUCUACAAGCCCUAUACCAAUGGAAUCAUUGCAAAAGAUCCGACUUCACUUGAAGAAGAGAUCAAGGAAAUUCGUCGGAGUGGCAGUAGUAAGGCUCUGGAUAAUACUCCGGAGUUUGAGCUGUCCGACAUUUUCUACUUUUGCCGGAAAGGAAUGGAGACCAUUAUGGACGAUGAGGUGACAAAGAGAUUCUCAGCAGAGGAGCUGGAGUCGUGGAACCUGCUGAGUAGAACCAACUAUAACUUCCAGUACAUCAGCCUCCGGCUUACCGUGCUUUGGGGGUUAGGAGUGCUGAUUCGCUAUUGCUUCCUUCUGCCACUCAGGGUCGCUCUUGCUUUCACGGGGAUCGGCCUCCUGGUGGUGGGCACGACGGUUGUGGGGUACAUGCCGAGUGGGAGAUUUAAGGAGUUCCUUAGCAGACAUGUCCACUUGAUGUGUUACCGGAUCUGCGUGCGGGCCCUCACAGCCAUCAUCACGUACCACGACAGGAAAAACAGGCCCAGAAAUGGUGGAAUCUGUGUGGCCAACCAUACCUCUCCCAUUGAUGUUAUCAUUUUGGCAAGUGAUGGAUAUUACGCCAUGGUGGGCCAAGUGCACGGGGGCCUCAUGGGUGUGAUCCAGAGAGCCAUGGUCAAGUCCUGUCCCCAUGUCUGGUUCGAGCGUUCCGAAGUGAAAGAUCGCCACCUGGUGGCCAAAAGACUGACCGAGCAUGUGCAGGAUAAAAGCAAGCUGCCCAUCCUCAUCUUCCCUGAAGGAACCUGCAUCAACAAUACGUCUGUGAUGAUGUUCAAAAAGGGUAGUUUUGAAAUUGGAGCCACGGUUUACCCUGUCGCUAUCAAGUACGACCCCCAGUUUGGCGACGCCUUCUGGAACAGCAGCAAGUAUGGCAUGGUGACGUACCUGCUGAGGAUGAUGACCAGCUGGGCCAUUGUGUGCAGUGUGUGGUAUCUGCCCCCUAUGACCAGAGAGGCAGAUGAAGAUGCUGUCCAGUUUGCGAACAGGGUGAAGUCAGCCAUCGCCCGGCAGGGAGGACUCGUUGACCUUCUGUGGGACGGUGGUCUUAAGAGGGAAAAGGUGAAGGACACCUUCAAAGAGGAGCAGCAGAAGCUGUACAGCAAGAUGAUCGUCGGGAACCAUGAGGACCGGAGCCGGUCCUGAGCAGGCCUGGGGAACGCACGCCGCCAGCCUUGAAUCCCAGCAGGCAUCAGCUGCAGCCGCCGCCCCCUCUGCUGCCUCCUUUCUUGACUGGGGCUGCUGGGGCUGCUCUGGUUGCGGGACUCAGCUUCUUCAGAGCCGCCGCUGCAGGGAGCGCCGCCCGGACACGAGGCCUUCUCUCCCUCCCAGUAAGCCUGUUGGGGGACCCAUUAAAGCCCGCCCACCUGUGCACGUGCAGGCCGUGGUGGGAGCAUCGGUCACGGCCUGUGUCUAGACAUUAGGGUGUUCGUCUUCGGCAGAGACCCAGGCCAGGGCCGGGCUGGGGGAGGGCCCGCCUCCCCCCGGGAGACCAGGCACGGCCGAAGUGGGGGCUUGUUCCAGCCCCCCUGUCACGACCCCCCCCCCCCUCACCCCAGCCUCAGAGCUCUGCAGAUGGGACGGAAAAACAAAACAGUCACCUGCAGGGGCACUCGGCAGAAUGGUGGUCUCCAGUCUGUGCUGCCCGUGGACAGUCCCCCAGGGGUUGUGAAGCGAGGGGACCAACGCCAGUGCUAAGCCCCCACCCCCAUGUGACUUGCUCUCUGUUAACACGUGCCUCGGUUUCCCCGUCUGUAACCUGAAUCAGGAGGGGAGGGUGGUGAUACCUACCUCACAGGGUUUGUUGUGGGGAUUAAAGUGCUACUAGCGUGAAGGACGGUGAUGCUCGGUGUUGGAAGUGCAGGUUCCUGGGAUGCGGCAGAACGAGGCUGAACUCAGCUGCCGCUCACGGCGUUGGAUUUGUUCUUAUGAGUCAAUAAAAUUGUCUUUGAUGGUGAAUGAAUUGAGGGAUUCCUCCCUUUACUUUACCCAUGAGAUGUGGUCCUAACCAGUGGGUUUUGUUUUUGAUUUCAGCAAAGCUCCGAUUCUCAAGUUUGAACUCAACUCGGGGACUGGUGGGAAUCCACUUGACUUCUAGGAUGAGUGAUAAAAUUGUGCAGAAACAGUGAACUGUGCACGCCGGGUGCUUGCACACCUCCCCGUGAGUUUAGAGUAUUCAGACCAGAGCAGGGGGCGUUUCCUUCCUCGUUUGGGUUAAGGAAUUGUGGGUGGAAACUGUCAGGGCAGGGGAGAGGGCUAUGGGAGGCUGCGUCUGGACAUCAGGACAUGAGGCUGUGGGGUGAAUAGGAGCAGCCCUUGGUGCGGGGGGGGCGGGGGGACGGGGAGGGGCUACUUGAUUACUUGAUGCAUGUGGGAGACUUUCACAGACUUCUCAGAGCCAGAGGGAGCCACACCCUGAGGUCCCCCUAUAGAAUCAAAGGCAAACCUCGGCCCUCCGGUGGAGAGGCUACGAGCGCAGUAGGGCAGACAGCCCCUGCAGGCUGCACCGCCGUUAGUCUCACCUGUGCAGGCAGCAUGGGGUGUGGGGGAGCGAAGCCCGCUCCAAGGCAGCCCAGUGCCUUUGCACCAUCUGAGACUCCAUCUCCGCCCCCACCCCCGGUGCUGACCAGCGAAAGGUGGUUUUCUUUCAAGUACGAACACUGACAACUAUUGAGAACUGUUUUACAUAGAAAGAAACACACAGAAUGCUUGAGUUAACAUGAUUUUCAGAUUUUAUAGAUGGUGAUAUAGCUAGGGUUUAAAUACUGUCUAUCUUAAUGGUCUUUAAAAAUUAAUCUUGAAGGUUUUUUUUUAUUUUUUUAUUUAUUUAUUAUUUUUUUUUUUGCUUUUUGGGUCACACCUGGCGAUGCACAGGGGUUACUCCUGGCUCUGCACUCAGGAAUUACCCCUGGCUGUGCUCAGGGGACCAUAUGGGAUGCUGGGAUUUGAACCCGGGUCGGCCGAGUGCAAGGCAAACGCCCUACCCGCUGUGCUAUCUCUCCAGCCCCAGAGGUUUUUUUUUUUUUAAAAAAAAAAAACUGCCUUUAAAAAGUUUUUUGCCAUUCAGUACAUCCACCUCGUGGCAUGUAACUCUGUGAACAUUUUGAAAUACAUAAUUGGCUCACAGUCUCUUCAAUAGCCGCGUCUGUUACUGAUGACAUUACCUAUAUUACAAGAACCUGAUUUAGAGGAGUCACAGCUGUGUAAAGAAAUAUUUGUAGAGACUAAGCAAAAGAAGUCAUCAGAAGUAAGAAGUAAAAAGUUGCCUCUUUUUAGCAAGUGAGGAGAAGGUGUGAAUUACACCCCCAAAAAGAAAUUUUUGAAGUUUUUAUUUAGUGCUUGUUACAGGCAGGCAGAUUCAUAAAGUUACUCCAUUCUUUUCAAUUGGUGACCCUUACAGUCCUAUUAUUUGUCUUGGGGUAAGUUAGUUUUAAGGGCAAAACUUUAGAGCAUUUAGAAUUAAUGACAAAGAGGCCUGUGAAACAGUGUAAACAGUAUACUCUGUGAAUCCAGCCGUGAUGGGCAUGAACUUGGACCAGCGGCAUUAAUUAGUGGUAAGAUCAUUGGCCAGCUCCUGUUUCACCUUCAGAUCAGUGAUGUUUCACCUCCAAACUCAGUUAUUUUGACUCUUAUUUCCUUCUGCUUCCUCCUCUGUUAACUGAGGACUUUCAUCUCUUAAAAUUUCUGUGAAUUUUUCGGUCCAUUAUUCAACAUUGCCUUUAAGCUCAAAAGUCAUCAGAAGUAAGAGAAGUCUGUUUGAAUCCAUUUGCUUCCUGCAAACACUGGGGCUCAUGAAACUAAAUUUCAGUGUGUGCCAAGUGAAAGGGAGAGACUUCUGUUUCAGGUGACUGUGGGCUGAAAGGUUUGACAAUGGGGCUUGGAGAGACUUUGAACACUCAUGACAUUUUUUUUUUUUAAGCCAGCUAGUUAGAGAAGGAAAAUUGUAAAACUAGAAAAAUUUCCCUGACAGAGGAAGAUCAGUAAAGAUCAGCCAAAUCGGGCUCAACAGGCUCAGAACAGUUUGUGGUGAUAUCCUCGUGAUGAAGUGGAACCAGCUUUAGAGCUUGGCUCUUGUUAGCUCCCUGUUGCUUCCUGUUCCGCUGUGGUGGGAGCGGGCACCAGGGAGGCCGAGGCGAGGACACACCAGUGCUGAGUUCCUGGCCCCAUUCUGUCGCAGUCUUCGGGGGCUGAUACAUCAUGCUGUUUGUUGCCUUCUGGCGAGUGAGCGGAAGUGGUCUGGGGGACUGUGCUUCCUGCAGGUCCCUGAGCGUGUGGGGGCUCCCGGCCACCUGCAGUGCUGCUCGGGUGGCCAGACCCCAUUUCUCCCGCUCGCCCCGUCAGCUGGAAGGGCAGCUGCAUGCACACUGACUCUGGGACAGGUUCCGCCACCACCGUCCGCCCAUUCAUCUUCCAUCGCACUAACACCCCAACUCCCCUAGUCAAUAUGUCUCUCUCCGAUGGGAAAGUUAAUAAAUUUUGCUCUAGAUUAAAAGUAUUGAUCAUUUCAUUUGUAAACGAUAAAUAAAAAGGGGGAACUUUUCAUUGCACCAGGGCUAGCGUCUGGUGUAUUUUGCCGGGGAGAUUGCGCUGGCUGUCGGCGGGUGGGCUUCUCAUAUGCAUUCCGGCUGGCCGGCUGCAUUGAUUUCCUAUUAGUCUCCCAGCACCACCCAGUAACACAUCAUUUCAGUACCUGCUAUUAAUGGUCUUUUGAUAAAUAAUCACUUGUAAGUCAAUAAAUUUUUAUUAAACAGUG